AUGAAUUUGGCACUGAUAGAUCCAUUUCAAUUAGCCCAGGACUCCCCUGACGCCCUCACCAACGACCUUAGAUCUGGCCAUGCGACCACCCUGAGAUUCAGUCGCAAGGGCGACUAUCUCGCGUCGGGUCGGGUGGAUGGAAAAAUCAUCAUCUGGGACAUGGAGACGUACGGGGUUGCCAUGAAACUUCAUGGUCAUUGGAAGCAGAUUCAGAGUUUAAGCUGGUCGAGAUGCGGUCGCUACGUCCUGUCAGCGUCCCAAGACUGUAGAGCCUGUCUUUGGGACCUGAAAACCCAGGAACGAAUCCGAACCGUCAAAUUCGAAGCGCCAAUCUACACAGCGGAACUUCACCCAUACAACCACAAGCUCUUCGUUGCUUCCCUUUUCGAAGACCGACCAUAUCUGGUUGACAUCACCGAUGCUGUUCCUGUCAAGCGUGUCCUUCCUACUACCCCUCUGAGCGACAGCAUCCCUGCCUCCGAGAACAAACAAGCCACCACCUCAGCCAUUUUCUCCGUGUUAGGCAAUCACAUCAUCACCGGCACCUCAAAGGGGUACAUCAACAUUCUCGAGACCGAAUCCCGUAAAAUCAUCCACUCGACAAAGAUCUCGACUGGUCUUAUCUCUCUUCUCCGCCUGACCACCAACGGCCGCCAACUCCUUGCCAACAGCACCGACCGAAUCAUCCGCACCAUCAACCUCCCGGAUCUAAGCCUGAUCACUCCCUCCACUGCACCGGCCACGGACCCCAGUAGUAGUGACGACCAGCACGACCGUGACCCAGCCACCCUGGCAGAGAACAUUGUCCUCACUGUCGAACACAAAUUCCAAGACCUGGUCAAUCGUCUCCGCUGGAACCAUUGCGCCUUCAGUCACAGUUCAUCCACAGGCAUCGCAGACUACGUGACAGCCUCAACAUACAUGAAGAAGGACAUUUACAUCUGGGAACUUCGUACCAAUUCUCUCCUCCGAAUUCUCGAAAACCGUGAGGAACCCGCGAUAAUUGAGUGGCAUCCCUCCCGUCCGCUCCUGGCAUGUACGAGCAUUGAAACGGGCAGCAUCCAGAUCUGGGGUAUCGAGCCACAGCAGAAGUGGUCUGCAUUGGCACCUGAUUUCACCGAAGUGACGGAAAAUGUCGAGUACGUUGAGCGCGAGGACGAGUUCGACGAAUACCCACAAGAAGAGCACCAGAAGCGCCGCUUGGAUAGAGAGGACGAGGAGGUGGACAUCUUGACGGUGGAGAGGAAGAUGGGUGAAGAAGACAGCUUCGUCCUGCCGGUGUUGUUUGAUAUUGAGGACUCAGAGGGCGACGAUCAGGAACUGGUGAGGCAUGGUGUCGGGACACUUAGGAAGAAGGAUGUCAAUGAGGGGAAGGAGUAUGAGAAUGAUGGCGACGAGGUGCCCAAGACCGUAAGGAGACGCAAGUAUUAA